AUGUAUCGACAAAUUUUACUUAAAUCUGAACAUAGACAGUAUCAGAAGAUAGUUUUUCGUAGUUCUGGGGAAAAUAAAAUCGAAGAUUAUCAAUUGAACACCGUCACUUUUGGCGUUAAUUGUGCCCCAUUUUUGGCCCUAAGAACGCUUUUACAGUUAGCUGACGAUGAAGAACGAUGUUUUCCGCUAGGCUCUAGAAUUCUUCGCGAGUCAAUGUAUGUUGAUGAUGCUCUUGUUGGAGCUCAUUCGAUCCCUGAUGCUUUGGAGGCACGAGACCAAUUAAUUGGUAUAUUGGGUACAGCUGGGUUUGAGUUGAGAAAAUGGGCCUCAAACUCUAAACAAAUUUUAAAAAAUUUGCCCCAAGAGCAUCUUCUUAACUCUUCUUUUUUGUCGCUCGAUGAUAAAAGUAAUGCUAAAACACUCGGUGUCCGUUGGAAUGCGGCAGAAGAUUACUUUUAUUUUACAACUGAGAAGAUUAAGUUCAAAACAGCUUAUACAAAGAGGGAAGUACUCUCAAUUAUAGCAAGGCUAUUUGAUCCAGCAGGUUGGUUGGCCCCAGUGAUUAUAACAGCAAAGAUUUUGAUGCAGCAAAUGUGGCUCGACAAAAUAGACUGGGACGAACAUAUAAAACCUGUGGCUCUACAAAAAUGGAAGACAUUCAUUUCUAAUUAUAAUGAGAUUGAUACAAUUAAACUUGAUCGUUGGGUUCAAUAUACGCCUAGUUCUUAUAUUGAAUUUCAUGGCUUUUGUGACUCUUCUGAGUUAGCUUACGCAGCUACACUAUAUAUACGUAUUGUGAAUGGUGAUAAAGUUUAUGUAAAUCUACUAAUUGGCAAAACAAAAGUGGCUCCAGUUAAAAGGCCAUCUUUGCCGCGUUUAGAGUUGUGUGGCGCAGUUCUUUUAGCCAAUUUAGUAAACAGCGUAAUCCCCAAUUUCAAAUUGCAUACGUAUAACUUAUAUUUGUGGUCCGAUUCGACAAUAGUUCUUGCUUGGUUACGAAAACCGCCAUGUAAUUGGAAAACCUUUGUGGCAAAUAGGGUAGCAACAAUAUUAGAAAAAGUAGGAAACAAAAAUUGGUUUCACGUAGCUUCUAAUCACAAUCCUGCCGAUCUAGCAACCCGGGGGCUGAUACCUUCGGAUUUAAGAGAAAACAAACUUUGGUGGCAUGGUCCUGAUUGGCUCAGAUUAAACAAAUCGUCGUGGCCCGAAGGUCCAUUAGAAUUCGAAACAGUAGAAGAAUCGAAACAAGUCCAAGUUAAUAUUGCUAGAUCCGCUGAACGAGAAGAUAUACUGGACCGUUUCUCAAGUUUGCCCAGAGCAUAUCAUGUUAUUGCUUAUAUAUUUAGAUUUUUUAAUCUUGCGAGCAAAAGCAGACGUAAAAGCUGUAAUUACGAAACUGUUAGAAUUUCGGCUCAAGAACUUGUAUUUGUACGAAAUCGGCUAUUUUUUCUCUCUCAACAGUCGCACUUUUCUAGUGAGUUUAGUUGUUUAUCAUCGAAACGGAAAAUUGACUCUCGUAGUUCUUUAUUAACGCUUACGCCUUUCUUAGACAAAAAUGGUAUUAUUCGUGCUAAUGGUCGUCUUGGGUCUACAAAAUGUUUGUCGUAUAAUGAACGUCAUCCCAUAAUACUUGCUUAUGGCAGUAGAUUAGCACGUCUAUACGUUGAGUUUGUCCACUAUUUGGUCUUACAUGGUGGCCCUCGUUUAGUCCUAAAUGUCGUUCGUCAGGAGUGUUGGAUUAUAAAGGCUAAAAAUCUAAUAAAAACGGUCAUCCACAACUGUAAAAUCUGCGUUAUACAUAGAAAAAAGCUUCAAAAUCAGAUCAUGGCAGUGCUACCUGAAGAAAGAACUACUUUAAGUCGCCCUUUUACUAACACAGGUGUUGAUUUUGCCGGCCCAUUUGAAAUCAAAAGUUUCACUGGUCGAUAUUGCCGUAUCACUAAAGGCUACGUGUGUCUAUUUGUUUGUUUCUCUACUAAGGCGAUUCACAUUGAGGCCGUUAGCGAUUUGUCCACUCCUGCAUUUCUAGCAGCUUUGGCUCGAUUUGUUGCUCGUCGUGGUUGCCCUAGUCGCAUUUUCUCUGAUAAUGGAAGAAAUUUUGUUGGCGCUGCAAGAGAACUUGAAAAUAACUUCGAAAAACAUAUAGAAGAAUUACGUGAUUCGGCAGUAGAAAAAUAUGGUCAUCAACAUCUUGAGUGGCACUUUAUUCCUGCAGCAGCUCCUCAUAUGGGAGGACUGUGGGAGGCAGGAGUAAAAAGUUUGAAAAUGCACUUUAAAAAGUCAGCUGGACAAAUGAAAUAUACGUUUGAAGAGUUUUCGACAAUUUUGGCAAAGAUAGAAUCGUGUCUCAAUUCGCGUCCUCUUGGCCCUACGUCCGACAGCAUCGAUGAUUUGUCCGCUCUUACUCCUGGUCAUUUUUUAAUAGGCUCUGCUAUUCUUACUCCUGCUGAACCUGAAGAGCUUAGCUCGCCAAUUAGUAUAGUAAACCGUUGGCGAAAAAUCAAAGCAUUGCAGCAAGAAAUUUGUCACCGCUGGAAAGACGAAUAUUUAAAAGAGUUGCACAAGCGUAAUAAAUGGAAAAGUCCCCAAAUAGACUUAAAAGAAAAUGACCUCGUUGUUCUUAAAAGUGAACCUUGUUGUCCAACUGAAUGGCGCUUAGGUCGUGUUGUAAAAGUUUAUCAUGGUUCUGACGGUAAAGUUCGAGUGGCUGACCUUAAAACUCAAAAUGGCGUAAUCACUCGACCGAUACACAAAUUAGUUUUACUCCCUAAUUGCACUGAUUAA